AUGGUUUACCUGACAGACCUUCCCAACGAGUUGCUGGAGGAAAUACUCCUCCUUGCGACCAAUGGCGACCAGGAAUGCCUACGGGAGGUUAAGUGGCGAAGAGAAUGCGAAUCCGAGGUUGCAUUGCUAGCUCUGCACCUCCUGAGAAAUCCCAAUCAUCGACCACUAGUACGAACCUUGGAAUUCAACAGUCUGAGUACCCUGUAUUCAGUAGGAAGAGUCCCUCCCUGGAGCCUUAUCGCGGCCCGGGUGGGCCUACGGCCAGAGACCCUAGCUGAGCUGGCCGAAGCAGCGGACAGAACCUUCCCACCGGAUCUUGCCAGUGACUGGAGUUAUCGUAUCCGGAACGGUUGUGCGGAUGCUAUCGCCGCCCUGAUUUUAGCCUGGUCAACUCGAGUUACCGAAGUGGAAUUCGCGCUUUCACCAUUGACUCGAGAGGAUGAUGGUCUGGAUCCUUCGGAUGACGAGGUGUAUCAAUCGGAUGAUGAAUUUGCCCUUACACCGCCGAACAGAGAGGAUGAUGAUAUGGAACAUUUGAAUGGCAUGAUCAUGCAAUUCAUCGAUUGGGCGGCACAUAAUGUGUCUACAAAGCAAAACGAGGACCUGCCUCUGUCUCAAGUACAGCACCUUCGAAUGCGAACCUGGAUGAACGGCCACGGUGAAACGGAAGUAGCGUCAUCAGCCUUUCAAUUACCGAAACUGAGGAUACUCGAAACAUUGGGACUCAAAAUCAGCAGGGAUGAAUCUCCUAUCUUUCCAGAACGCGGUUUGACAAUCGAGAAACUGUACCUCAAAGACUUCGAAAUCACGGGAAAUGGGAUAUGGCAUAUCAUCGGCGGAUGCAGACAGUUGCGCGUACUGAACAUUGACUUGAACAACUCGCCCAAUUUCUUUGGCAGCAAGACACAAAUGUCGAACGCCAUUAUCCGUCAAGCUGCAUCGAUCAACGAAAUUCAUCUAAAACUUCACAAGUGGGGUGUACGUUGGGAUGAUACCCAGUUCCUCUCGGAUUAUGAAGUUCCGUUAGACCGCUGCUUCGCCCGUCUUUCCCAGCUUCAUACACUCACAGUCGACGUCAAGGAAUUGCUCCCAAGUUCCGAAGGCCCAAUCACGCCAGACUUUCUUGUUACUAGGCUGCCAGUUUCCAUCAGGGAACUAACAAUUAAUUGGUACACUGCGGAAAUGGGUAGUAGUCUUGAAACUAUCGCCAUAGGCACGGGUGAAGUUGACAUUUGGUUGGGCAUUGUCGAAGCCCUCAAGGUGUUACUACGCGAAGCUAGGCCAGGUUACAAAUUCAGCAACCUGAGAUACGUCGAUGCUUCAGAGAUCCUAUUUGGGUCUGAUGAGUUGCAAAAGGUUGUGGAAAUUGGGGAAUCGAAUGGUGUGCAUGUAGAGGACUUUUGA